UCAUCUCUGCCUAACUUCACUUUAGAUUCAUUUACCCAAAUCUUUAUCUUCAUCAAAGUCUGUUUCCUUUUUCCAGUUGCAGGUCUCUUGACCCUUUCUCACUCUCCAUCAAGAAAUCUUGGAGUUUCUGCCAUGUUUCUAAUGGAAAUCUGAUGCUUUUCAAGAGUCUUUCCUCUGAUUCGUCCAUCUUUUGAUUCUGGGUGUUGAUCGUUAUGGAAAAACAGAUUAGUUUCCGGAUGGGGAAGAUGGAAAAACAGCAGAGUUUUCGUAUUGCUGCCAUGGAAAAGCAGAAAAGCUUUCGAAUAGCUUUGGGUCGACAGAUGAGCCUUCGGAAACCUAAAGAUUCCCCUGGAAAACGAGGAGAUUCGAUGCUCCAUUUGGCUUCUAGAGGAGGUAAUCUCUGCAAGAUUAUGGAAAUCUUUCAGAGUACUGGUCUUGAUGACAGUAAUGCCAUCACAAACAACCUGUUAUCGAAACAGAAUCAAGAAGGGGAGACUCCUCUUUAUGUUGCUGCUGAAAAUGGUCACUCUCAUGUUGUAAUCGAGUUUCUUAAACACUUGGAUCUUCAAACUGCCUCCAUUGCUGCCAAUAAUGGCUAUGACCCUUUUCACAUUGCUGCAAAACAGGGACAUCUAGAGGUUCUGAGGGAACUUUUGAAUUCUUUCCCGAAUCUGGUCAUGACCACGGACUCGUCCAAUUCAACCGCCUUGCACACAGCAGCUGCUCAGGGACACAUUGAUGUAGUCAACCUGCUUCUUGAUGCGGAUUCAAACCUUGCCAAGAUAGCCAGAAACAAUGGUAAGACGGUGCUUCAUACUGCAGCAAGAAUGGGCCAUUUGGAAGUGGCAAAAUCUGUUUUAAGCAAGGAUCCGAGCAUCGGUUUCAGGAUUGACAAGAAAGGCCAAACGGCUCUGCACAUGGCGGUUAAGGGCCAAAAUAUAGAUAUCGUGGUUGAAUUAAUCAAACCUGAUCCAACGGUCUUGAGUUUGGAAGAUAACAAGGGGAAUACAGCUCUUCAUAUUGCAACAAAAAAGGGCCGAACUAAGAUCGUCAAAUGCCUGCUAUCAUUUGAGGAGAUCAGCAUCAAUGCGGUAAACAAGGCUGGAGAGUCUCCUCUCGACAUUGCCGAGAACUUAAAAUUUUCAGAAAUGGUUGAUAUUUUACGGGAAGCAGGAGCUGUUCACUCUAAAGAUUACGGAAAACCACCAAGUGCUGCAAAACAACUCAAGCAAACCGUCAGUGACAUAAAACACGACGUUCAGUCCCAAAUCCGACAAACACGCCAAACUGGAUUCAGGGUCCGGAAGAUUGCAAAGAAGGUCAAGAAGCUGCACAUCAGCGGUCUCAACAACGCUAUAAAUUCCGCUACUGUGGUUGCUGUCCUUAUAGCCACCGUUGCUUUUGCAGCCAUCUUCACUGUACCUGGGCAGUACGUUGAAGAGAAAACCGAUGGUUUUACUGUGGGGCAGGCCCACAUAGCCAAGAAUGCUGCGUUUAUCCUCUUCUUUUUGUUCGACAGUUUGGCGCUUUUUAUCUCGUUGGCAGUCGUGGUGGUUCAGACUUCAAUUGUGGUGAUAGAAGAGAAGGCUAAGAGGCAACUUAUGUUUGUUAUUAACAAACUUAUGUGGCUAGCAUGCCUUUUUAUAUCUGUUGCCUUCAUUUCGCUCACCUAUGUGGUCGUGGGAACUCAUGAACGAUGGCUUGCCAUUUAUGCGACUGUAAUUGGUGCCACGAUUAUGCUGACAACGAUCGGGUCGAUGUGCUAUUGUGUUGUGCGGCAUAGGCUGGAGGAGACCAAGAUGCGAAAUAUUAGGCGGGCCGAGACUCAUUCGCAUUCUUUCUCGAUGUCCAUGGCUUCAGAUGCCGAGUACAGUGAGAAAUAUAAGAGAAUGUAUGCUGUCUAAAAGCAAAUGAGGUUUGCGGGUAUUCGUAUAUGGUGAGAUAUAAUUGCAAGCACUGCUUUCGAGUGGGAUAUACUGGGGUUUUUAGUUGUCUAAGAGGUCCAUUAUUGGAUCGGCGCCAUUUCCAUUGUUGCGAGCUACAUGUGGAUCAAAAUGGGACUCAACGCAGAGAUGAAGGCCCCGGAUGACCAGUGUUGAUUGUUCUUCCUGUGAGUCUAUCAAACUCUGUGUAAUAAACCCUAAUCAUCAGUAGUUUAUGCUUGUAUAUAAUCAAUAGUAUAACUUCAAUGCAAUUCUUAUAUCAUGUUGUUUGGGUUGGGAAUGCAAUGGAAAUAGUGUUUUUACUCUA